GAGGGUUGCGAGGCCCCUCUGGAAGUUGUCCCGGGUGUUCGCCGCUGGAGCUCCGGGUCGGGAGGACGAGGUGCGGCUGCUGCUGCUGGGAGACUCCUCCGCUGCCGCCGGCUCCUGGAGCCCAGCCCUCUCCUAACUCAGCUCAGCCCAGCCCAGUCCCCGCCGCCUACGCCUGUCCCUGCCGCAGACCCCGGCGCUACCAUGAAUCCCGCCGUCUUCCUAUCCUUACCCGACCUCAGAUGCUCCGUGCUGCUCCUGGUAACUUGGGCUUUUACUCCAGUAACAACUGAAAUCACAAGUCUUAAUACAGAGAAUAUAGAUGAAAUUCUAAAUAAUGCUGAUGUUGCUUUAGUAAAUUUUUAUGCUGACUGGUGCCGUUUCAGCCAAAUGUUACAUCCCAUUUUUGAGGAAGCUUCCGAUGUCAUAAAGGAAGAAUAUCCAAGUCAGAAUCAAGUGGUGUUUGCCAGGGUUGAUUGUGAUCAGCACUCUGAUAUAGCCCAGAGAUACAGAAUAAGCAAAUACCCAACUCUCAAGUUGUUCCGUAAUGGGAUGAUGAUGAAGAGAGAAUACCGAGGGCAGCGAUCGGUGAAAGCGCUUGCUGAUUACAUCAGACAGCAAAAAAGUGACCCAGUUCAAGAAGUUCAGAACUUAGCAGAAAUCACCUCUCUUGAUCGCAGCAAAAGAAAUAUCAUUGGAUAUUUUGAGCAAAAGGAUUCAGACAACUAUAGAGUAUUUGAAAGAGUAGCAAGUAUUUUGCAUGAUGACUGUGCCUUCCUUUCUGCAUUUGGGGAUGUUUCAAAGCCGGAAAGAUAUAGUGGAGACAACAUAAUCUACAAACCACCAGGGCAUUCAGCUCCAGAUAUGGUGUAUUUGGGAUCUAUGACAAAUUUUGACGUGACUUACAAUUGGAUUCAAGAUAAAUGUGUUCCUCUUGUCCGAGAAAUAACUUUUGAAAAUGGAGAGGAAUUGACAGAAGAAGGACUGCCUUUUCUUAUACUCUUCCAUAUGAAAGAUGACACAGAAAGCUUAGAAAUAUUCCAGAAUGAAGUAGCCCGGCAGUUGAUAAGUGAAAAAGGUACAAUAAACUUCUUACAUGCAGAUUGUGACAAAUUUAGACAUCCUCUUCUACAUAUACAGAAAACCCCAGCGGACUGCCCUGUGAUCGCUAUUGACAGCUUCAGGCACAUGUAUGUGUUUGGAGACUUCAAGGAUGUGUUAAUUCCCGGAAAACUCAAGCAGUUUGUGUUUGACUUACAUUCUGGAAAACUACACAGAGAAUUCCAUCAUGGACCCGAUCCCACGGACACAGCUCCUGGAGAGCAAGUUCAAGAUGUAGCAAGCAGUCCACCCGAGAGCUCCUUCCAGAAACUAGCACCCAGCGAAUAUAGGUACACUUUAUUGAGGGAUCGAGAUGAGCUUUAAAAACUUGAAAAACGAUUUGCAAGCCUUUUGACCACAGCAUCAGCUUACAUGGUGGAAAUAGUAAACCUAUAUUUUCAUAAUUCUAUGUGUAUUUUUAUUUUGAAUAAACAGAAAGAUGUUUUGGGUUUUUAAUUUUUUUUCUCCCCCUGACUCAAAAUGCAUUGUCAUUUGGUAUAGCCUCUUUUAAAAAUUUUUGCUAGGGUAAAAAAAAAUAAAAACCAGAGGCCUAUCUUCACUUUCAACCUGUCCUGUAAAAUUUUUAUAAACAAAAGGUGACAUUGCUAAAAACAUGUGACUAACAUGCAUUGCUAGGAUGAGGAGACCUGAGGGAUGCCUCCUGUGUAGUAAGUGAUUUUCUUUCUUUCCAUAUGACCAAUUCUGUUGGCAUUUUCAAUAUCACAUUUCUCAAAGCUAAGGGGGUGUAUACAUAUAUAUUCUGGAUACUUGGGAGGGGAAUAAAUUUAAAUUUUCUCACUGUGUGCUGUGUUUCCCUGAUUGGUUGGAUGUUGCUUAUAAAAAUUCCAUAGUAGCAUAUUCUGGAUUCUUAAUGUAUAACUUAAACAUACUACAAAAGAGGAGGAGAGCCAUAAGCCAGACAUUUGGCAGAAAUUGUUCUUAGGAAUCAAGAAACAGAAUGAAAAGUGUUAUUAAAUUUGUAUGUGUUUGUCUUAAAAAAGCAUUUGGAAUUUUGAAUGUUUUCUACCUAUAUUUGAGAAAGGAAGGUACUAGUGGAGCAGGUUACCAUUUUAAUACUAGAUGGCUUUAAGACUCCUCCUAGCUAAGACUGUAGUUUCCAAAGAGAAAUUUUGUUUCUGUAAUUCUACUCCAUCUUGUAGAGUCUGAUAAUUGUAUAGACCAAAAACAGCAACAGUAAGGGUCAUGUGUAUUCAGGUUUUUUUUUCCCAUUGUGUAACUGUUUGAGGACCCUAUCCCCUCUAGAUUCCCUGGAUUCCCAGGCCCACGGUGUGCAGUCAGAUGGGUCCCUGUGCCAGGGAAUGGAACCAGAGGGAGAGGACCCUCGGUGCCGUAUCAGGAUAUCCAAUGCUGGAGGACAGACAGGCUUUCCUCUGGGCCUGGAUAGGUGCUAUAGGCCAAGGGUCAUUUUAUACUUGGGAUAUAAGUUCCAGUUUCAGGAAAGAAUAUUUUUAAGCUCAACAGGCUGACAUGUGCCAUUAUAUGUAGUUUGUAAUAUAUGUCACAUCUUCCAGUCCUUUUACAAUGAGUAUUUAUAAUGGAUAUUUAAUAAUUAUUAUUUUUAAAACUCAGCCUACAAUUCUUAGUCAUGCAUGAAUUACCCAUAGUUUCCAUAGUUUUAUUCAGAAAAUAAAUGUUGAUAAUAAGGGGCAUGUUUACUAUAUUUUACCAGAUUGUGACUAGAAAGCUAGGACAGAACUUUCUAGAGUUUGGGCCUCAGUUCUGUUCUCAUCAUUAUAUUUGAUCAGUAACUUGAAUGAAGUCAGAGUUGUGGUAGUGAAUCUGAGGAUGGACCAAAUCUCCAGGGUCAGCAUGAAAAUUCACAAGCAUUCAACAAGUUUAUAUAUAAGACCAAAAGCAGCCCAUGCAAUUAAUUGGUUUGAAAAAAUAAUAAACACAAGAUACCACUCAAGUAUUGGGUUGCAAGGAGCUUGCUUCAAAGUGGUAAUUAUGAGGAGCACAUGCUCAGUGCGACGUAGGUAACCAUGAAUUAAGAAGUGAGAGAUGUGAAGAUGCACGAGUUAAAGUUGAUGCAUACUUAGGCUUAGGCUGUAACCCUGCCAUGUCGUUGUCUUCUCUGCCCUGUGAAGCCAUUGAGGACAAGGACACUGCUUUUUGUAUCUUCAGUGGAUACAGCCCUCAUUGAAUGUUUCCUGAAUGAAUGAGGAGCAGAGUGAUUUGGGAUAAUUUUUGUACUCAGCACUCAUCAGGAUUUAGUGCCCAUUUCAUACAAGAGCACUUACGGCUUGUAAGGGGUUUUAAAAUGUAGGUGUUAAGGCUGUUUUGCUUGCAGACUGCUCGGGUCUGAGAACAGCCUAUUGAAAUUUAAAGGGUUGGUAUAGUCUGUGGAUCCCAGGGGUUGAACUGGGUUUAGGGGCAGGCGUAGGGAAGCAUAUUUCCAUCUGGCAUCUAUUGAAUGCAAAGGCUUUUAAUUAUAAUAUGGACACAGAGAUGGAUAAAGUAUUAUUUCUACCCUCAAGUUACUUCUAGUCUGGUUAGGCAGAUGGAUAUCUAAAUAGAAAAUAGAGGUUCAUGUGGCAGAAAGGAGUGCUGAGUCUCAAAUAGUUUAUAGAGGAGAUAGCUAUUAUGCUGGUUAUGUGUUCUUCAGAAUGUAAGGAAUCAGAGUGGAAGGAUAAUCUGAGGAAAGAUAUGAAACAGCAACUGCAUUCAAGAAAACAAGUUCCCGUACUAGGGCCAGUGCAUUGGGGGUCAGGAGGAAAUGAGAGAUUGAAGAUAGACAUGGGAGCUGAGCAUGCGGGGCCUUGUGUGCUGAGCUGAGGAGUUUGGAGCUGCAGAGAGGCAUCACCAGAUUUCAGGCAGGGAAGGAGGUUCAUAUUUAAGUUUGAUUGUAAGAAUGGUGUGGAUGCAGGUUCCAAAGCAUAGACUUCCCCUCGUGUCCAUGAAUAUCCAUGGGUUUUAUAGGUAGGUUCCCCCUCCAUUCAUCCAGCCUAGCCUAGGCUUCAGGCUUCUCAGAUGUGGGGAAGGGGGGGACACAGAACUAGACUGAAGACAGAAUCACAAAACCCAAACAAGGAGCAAGCUUUUGUGCUUUGCGGCUAGUUUUGCUCUUUUUCAGGAAUCCUUCCAGCUGUGAGCCAACCAUACAAAGAUGGAAACUUUCUGUGACAACAGUCUAAUUUUUUGUUGUUGUUAAAUGAAACCACCCAGGAAGAUAAGGUUCUGAAGUUAGAGCUCUCUGAAGUCAGAUUGUUACAGAUCGUGUGUAGGAGGACAAACUGGCAUGGAAAGAGCUGGAAAGGAUGAAACGAAGAUGAAGUAUUCCAGCUCAGGAACAGCUCCCUGUUUAUAGACAGUACACAUUGCCAUGAAGGCUUUCGUGUGCUUUGGCUUGAAUGUAAAAUAGUACAAUGAAUGGAUUGGUAAUCAUGAAAAGUAGGAUAGCUCAACUCUUAAUUGUGUCUCUGAAAGAGAUAGUCUGGUUGGACACAAAAUAACAGAAUUGAAGGGAAGGAAAAAAAUACCUUGCCACCUUAAAUGAUUUCCAGGCUGUUAGGCCCACACUUCUAUCUGCCAAGAGCUGCUGGGAGUUGCAGUUGCUUUCUGUUAACAACUACUGGGAAUUUCUGAGAAACCUUGGAUAAUAUAGUGACAGAAGACUAGGAAUGGCCAAAUAGUAUCCCUGCUUUCAAAAUAAUAAUUAUUAAUGGCUUUAGCUAUUCUAAAAUAUAACCUUAUGAACCAAACUGAAAUAUUAGCCUGUAUUGGAGGAAAAGUUAUUAAGUAGAUAUAAAGAACAAAGCAGUUGCCAACUUUUAAACACAAUAAAGACCAUGAAGACUUAAGUUGUUUAAGGACUUAAAUUGUUUUUUGACAAUUAUAACUGUUUUCUGUGUUCUUAAAAAGGUUGGAGAGGACCUAUGCUUAGCAAUUGUUUUUUAGCUGUGUCUGAAUUUUUGUAUGUAUUUCCAAGUAAUAAAACUAUAUUUAUAAAAUA